UUGUCAAUAAAUUCACUACUGUCAAAGUCGCUAAAAAAUCUGUUGUUAUUGUGCGCAAGCUGUUAGCUUAAAAUAUAAGAUAUAUAUCCAAAAAAUAAUUAAAUUUUUUAAAAUUUUAAAUAGUUGAUUAAAUCACUCCUACGAUUGAAAUUAUUUUACAACACAGCAAUCAAUAUAAAUAACAUAUUAAAGUGACGUGUGAACAAUACGUGGACCAUAAUAUUAUUUAAUACAUGGAAGGUGUUUUAUGGAAAUGGACAAAUUAUUGGAAUGGUUGGCAAACAAGAUGGUUCGUUUUAGAAAAUGGAAUAUUAUCCUAUUAUAAAUCACAAGAUGAAGUCUGUCAAGGUUGUAAAGGUUCAGUGAAAGUUUCAGUAUGUCAAAUCAAUGUUAAUAACAUUGAUAAUACUAGAAUGGACUUGGUCAUUCCUGGCCAGCAGCACAUGUAUCUUCGGGCACCUUCAUCUCAAGAUAGACAGAAAUGGUUGGUGGCUUUAGGCAGUGCUAAAGCAUGUCUGGAAUCAAUAGCAGAUGUGAAAGUUAUUGGAGUAGAAGAUUCUUUAAUCAGUAAGAAGUCAGAAUUGCACCUUUAUUGUGAUUUAUUAAUGCAACAAGUUCAUGCUGUUAAAAGUGCUGCUAGUCAUGACAAUGGACCGGAUGUGGAGAAAAUCGAAGAAGCAUCAAGUCUGUUAAAAGCAACAUGUGACACAUUUAUUAGAACACUUGAAGAUAUAAUGAAACUUACAACCACUGCUACUGGGAACCUUACACCCUUUGAAGUUCAAGUACCCCCUAUCCCUGCCUCUAAAAACUUAAAUAAAAACCUAAAAACAAACCUUAACAGAUCUUUAUCACAAGAUAAUAGAUGAAAUGGAAUCAUAUUUUCUCAGAAAUUUUUUUUUGUAAAACCUUAUUGGCUUGUAUAUAAAUUAUAUUUAAGAAGUUAUGUUGUGAGUUAUGCAAUAUCUUUAUGAGGCCAGAAUUAGAUGUUAACAUUUUAAGCACCAAAUCAGAUGCUUCAUUGUAUGAAAUUCUAUAUUUAAUACAUGUAUUUUUCGAUGUGAUAAUAAUUGUUAAUGUUGUUUUAAAUUUUGAUAAUGUUUAGAUUGUUCCUUUUAAAUAAAAAGUCAGAGCAAUUCAGGAUCGAUAAAAUACAUGUUUAGUUAAAGGAAAUAUUAUUUAUAAAUUUGAUUUAUAUUACAAUAGUGGACAUAAUAAGAGUUAUAAGGCAAUUAUUUAUAUUUAAACUGCAAAGUAUUGUAUGAGAAAGGCGUAAAAUUUGAGAAUGUAAAAAUCAUUAAAAACAACAUACUAAAACUCGACUUAAUCUCUCGAUUUUUUUAAGUACUUAAAAGUAUUAUUUCAGAUCUUUGUUUUAUUGUAAAUAGUUAAUAGUGGAUUUGUAGAUAAAAAAAAAAAUGGAAUUUUAUUAAAUUCUACAUUCCAUUUGUCUCAUGACAUCUACUAUGUAUCAUUCCUAUUUAUGUUUUGUGUAUUAAAUAAAAAAUAUAGAUUAGCA